GACUCUCUAUGCUUAGCUUUGCUGGAGUGCCAGCGGGGUGCAGAUUAAAAACAAUUUUUUUUAUACCACCAACAGCUUAGAAGGCCUAUAGCAAUAAGGUUGUUGCAGCGUUGCUGUGGAUCAAGGAAAUGGCAAAUUUACCCAGCUUUGUCAAUCUGACGGACCUCGUCUCUCGCAAGGUUGGUGGAGAGGUUCUUUUCGCCACAGAUGACUGGUUUGCUGUCGCAGAAAAUCUUCUUAAGGAGGAUGAGCCUGUUUGGUGGGAAGGUGAAUUCACUGACUUCGGUAAGAAGAUGGAUGGAUGGGAAACGAGACGAAAACGCAUCCCGGGUCACGACUGGUGCAUCAUCAAACUUGGUAUACCAGGUGUCAUCCGUGGUGUCGAUGCUAACACCAGACACUUCACAGGAAACUAUACACCCAGACUGUCCAUCCAGGCUGCUUGUUUGACACCAGAUGUGGAAUUCCCAGAUCGAUCUAGUGCUAUGGGGUCCAAAGCAACUGAAGAACAGUUUGAGGAAAUGAAGAAAUUGCAAACAGAGUCUUGGGAGGAGAUAAUUCCAAUGAAGCCCCUAAGGUCUGGUACUGAGGAAACCUGUAACAACUAUUUCAGCAUCGACAGCGAGAAAAGAUGGACCCAUAUCAGACUCAAUAUGUUUCCAGAUGGUGGAAUAGGAAGACUGAGGGUCUACGGUGAUGCCAAACCAAACUGGUCAGAAAUUGAUCAGAAUUCUUUGAUUGAUCUGGUAGCAGUAGAGAAUGGUGGAGUGUGCGUCGGAUUCAGUGAUGCCAAGUUCUGCUUCCCUAAGAACUUAAUCACCAAGGAAAGAUCUGUGACAAUGGCUGACGGAUGGGAGACAGCUAGACAGCGUGACAGACCAGCAAUCCUUGAGAUGGGUAGUGAUGGUGUGUUGGAAUUCACAAGCAGAGAUUGGGCCGUGUUUCGCCUUGGUACAAAGGGCAUUAUAGAGAGGAUUGAAGUGGAUACAAAUCAUUUUAAAGGGAAUUACCCAGAUUCCUGUACAGUUGAAGGAUGUGUCCUGACAGAGCAAGAGGAGAAGUAUGGUCAGACUGCUAGGCCAGACAGACCUCACGGUGAUUUUGAUUCCUUCGACUGGAGAGCCAUUCUACCACCUGCCAAGCUUUCUGCCCACAAGAGACAUCACUACAGAAAGGAUGCAUUGACCAACAUCGGACCUGUCACUCAUAUCCGAUUGACCAUGAAACCAGACGGUGGUAUAAGCAGACUCAGACUAUGGGGCCGCAUGUCAUCCAGAAUCUGAAAUGAAUGUUCACUCACUCAGUGAUAGAAGCAAAGCAGAUGGAAGAUUUUAAAAUCAAAAUUUUUAUAUAAACAUUUAGGUACAAAGGUUUUUCUCGAUAUAUUUUUAUGCCAUAUAGAUAUGUAUUAUUAAAUUGAUAUAGGGCGCCGCUCAGCUGGCGACCACCAUCAGCAUUUUGUCUCCUACUUUUUCGAUAGUUUUUGUGGUUAUUCUCCUCUAAGAGUCAGAUUUUGUGAGAGGAGAUCGAACGAGAGAGUCGGGAAAGACGAGAGGAGGGGGAGUGUGCCUUUGACUGAUAUAAAUUGUUUGUUCGAACAGAGACUCAUGUCCAAAACAAACAAAAUCAUGAAAGAUCAAAGUCACCCUCUCAACACCCAGUAUUCUUUCAACCGUUCUGGAAUUUGAUUAAACGUCCCACGCACAAACCGAGCACGCUUCCGCCAAUCCUUCGUACCAAACUCUAUCCACAUGUUCAACCAAUUCAUUAAGAGAUAAUAAUAAUUAUAAUCAUAAUAAUAUUAAUAAUAAUAACAAUAGCAAUAAUGAUCAUAAUUAUUUGAAUUUAUAAACUGUUAUCAUAAAGCUAUUUCAAAGAUAUUUCUAAUCAUCUAAUCAAGUUUAACAAUUUUGGAUGGCUUAAACAAUUUUGUAUUAUUUAUGUGAAAUUAACAAUUAACAAUUAAAGUAAGCAUCAUUAUUAUUUCCAUACAUGUAUUCAUAUUUCAAUGAUCCAUUAUUGCACUUUUAUAUCAGCAUUUUCCUGAAAAUAUUUUGUAUUAUGUUCAACUCUUUUUCAAUUUUUUUAAAAUUUCACAUUCAAGUUUAUGUUUUUGUCUUAAUAGAAUUGUUAAAUACAUGUAGAUGUGACAAUUUCCACCAAUAGGACUUUGAUAUGUCCUUAAAAAGGCAACCCUGCUGGGUGUCAUGGUGAUGUAUUUUAUCAUUUUUGUUUUGUUUUAGAGGACCUUCCAAAUUAUAUAUAGAACCAAGUUCAAGGAUCAUAUUGAGAAAAUUUGUCUUUGUUACGUUUAUGUAAAGUGAUAUCAGUUUUUGCUUUUUAAAAGUAGUUUUAUACACUGAGAGAAAGGUGAUUGUUUGACCUUUAAAUUUUGACAAUGUGACUCGAGGUGGGAAGGGGGCUUUUUCUUUUUCGUAUGUGUGAAGAUGAAUCAUAUUAAUUUUCUGUUUAAUUAACUGUUAGAUUAUUAGAUACGAUCCAAUGCUGAAAUCUGUAAGAUAAUUCCAUGUACAAUAACCAAAGGUGUGAUCAUGAAACCAAAUUCUUUAAAUCAUAUUGUAUGCAAUGACUGCUUAUUUACAUACAUAGAUAUCAAGUAUAUGAAGAUAUG